AUGCUAAUAUCCUUAUUGACGAUUUUAUGGCUAUCAAUAACGCCAAUUGUUGGUGCUAAAAAUGAGUUGUUUCAAGAAUACAUGAAUCAAACGUUGCUUUGGGGACCAUAUAGAUCCAAUUGUUAUUUUGGUAUCAGACCUCGUUACGUGAACAAAUCUCCAUUUAUUAUGGGUAUUAUGUGGUUUGACAGCUUGAAGGAGAAUGGAGUGGGUUCCAUAAGACAUUUUGUUAAUCCGGAUGAUCAUUUGAAGAAAUAUGCUUGGGAAGUUUAUGAUCCAAGAAUUGGUGGGAGAGAAAUUUUACUUGAUGAAGAAAACAAUUUGAAUUUAACAGUAUCGUUUUCUAAGAGUCAUGAUGGAUUGAAUUGGGUAGCGAGGGUAGAAGGAAGUCCUCUGAAUCCUGAAAGAAAAUCGACUGCAUCAAUUGUAUUAUACAUGCAACAGCAAGGUGGUGAUGAUGACCAUGUCUCUAAAUUGGUUAAACUUGAGAAUAAAUCUAAGACUGAUUUCCAAUUCGAUGGUUAUUCAAAGGAAUUGGGAGCCUAUUUAUUAUCAAUAAAGGAUAAUAUGGGUCAAUACUACAGUGACUCAACCUUAAAAUCUAUGGAAGUUGCUCUUGGCGCUGACUGUUCUAAACCAACACAUUUAUCCCUUAGAAUUCCCGACGACCAAAGUUGGAAAGCUCGUGAUGUCUUUCAAACUAUAUUAGGUGAUUCUGUUAAGGAGAUCCUUCAAAACAACGCCAACGAUUUUGAUCGACGUUUGACUCCCAGUCUUUACCAAAUUAGAAAUUUUUACAAUUUACCUCCAGGGAAUUUCCACUAUGUUCAGAAGACUUUUGACAAUUCUGGAUCCAAUGGGUUUGAAUUUGAUAUUACGUUUAACACAGUAGAUUCUCUUCAAAAGAUAAAAACCGCAUCCGCUGUUUCCAAUCUCAUCGAAUCUACUAAUAACGAAAUAAAUAUUCGUUUUGAUAAGAGUUUCUCCAUUAAGGUAGAAGAAGAGCGUAAAUUUGCUUUAGAAACUUUGUCUAAUUUAUUAGGUGGUAUUGGUUAUUUUCAUGGCACCCAGAUUGUUGAUCGUAAAACCAUAUUUGAUGAAGAGCAAUUUGAUGAUAUUAGUUUAAAAAAUGGGGCAGAAGAAGGUCCAUUUGAUUUGUUUACUAGUGUUCCAAGCCGUGGUAAAUUUCCUCGUGGGUUCUACUGGGAUGAGGGAUUUCAUCUUCUACAAAUUAUGGAAUACGAUUUUGAUCUUGCUUUUGAGAUAAUUUCAAGUUGGAUUAAUUUGAUCGAUGAUAAUGGAUGGGUUGCAAGAGAAGUUAUACUUGGUGAUGAGGCUAGAAGUAAGGUCCCCCCUGAGUUUACUGUUCAGAGUCCUCAUAUUGCCAAUCCACCCACAUUAUUAUUAGCAUUUAGUGAAAUGUUAACGAAGGUCCUAAACAAUAUCAAUACCAUGGAUAUGAAUAGGUACAUAGAUGCUACUAUUGAUGAUUUCCAACAGGGUACAAACCAACUAGAGCGCCACCCUGAGUUGAUAAGAGAAUAUGCUGAGAAGGUAUACCCAAAACUACUAAAGCAUUAUAAUUGGUUUACCACCACGCAAAAGGGUUUGAUAGACGAAUACGCUGAAAUAUUAGAAGAGGAAGGAAUUUGGAAUAGUGUUCAUAAAGAUGAAGUUUUUAAAUGGGUGGGGCGUACCUACACCCACUGUUUACCAAGCGGGUUAGAUGAUUAUCCGAGAGCUGAAACACCAGAUAUUGCUGAGCUUAAUGUUGACACUUUAGCAUGGGUAGGUAUCAUGACCAGAUCUAUGAAGCAAAUUGCUCAGGUGUUAGAUAUGGAUAAAGACGUGAUAAGAUAUGCACAAAUUGAGAAGAAUAUAAUAGAGAAUUUGGAUAUUUUACAUUGGAGUGAAGAAAAGGGGUGUUAUUGUGAUGUUACUAUAGAUGACGAUUUUGGAGAUAAGCGGGAAUUCGUUUGCCAUGAAGGGUAUAUUUCGUUAUUACCUUUCGCAUUAAAACUAAUCCCAAAGCAUUCCCCGCAUUUGAAGAAGGUUGUUGCUUUAAUGUCAAACAAGAAGAAACUUUUUUCUGAUUAUGGACUAUUAUCAUUAUCUAAAGAGGACGAAUAUUUUGGGAAGGGAGAAAACUACUGGAGGGGUCCCAUUUGGAUGAAUAUCAAUUACCUAUGUUUAGAUGCACUAAAUUUUUACUUUCCAGAAGAAGUAACGGCCUCUAAAACUUCAGUGGGAGGCUUGUAUCAAGCCUUAAAGAAUAACUUAAUCAAUAACGUGUACCGCAAUUGGAAAGAUAAAGGCUAUUGCUAUGAAAAUUAUGACGCUAAUGACGGGCAUGGUUCAGGUACCGAGCAUUUUACAGGCUGGACUGCGCUAAUUGUGAAUAUACUGGGUCGACUUUAA